AUGCGCCGCUACUUCGGACGCUUCGCUAGUCGCCCACGCGUUACCGCAUACCCUCAAACACCGGCCCGCUCCGUCCCCAAGAGCAUCAUCCACCCUCCGUACGCUGCAAGCGGCGACAUGUCGGACCUCAAGCCCUUUAUCCCUAUUCUGGACGCUGAACAGCAGCAACGGCUGCGUGCCGCCUGCGCUUUGGCCGGGGAUAUCCGCGAGUUUGCCAAGGCUCUAUGCCAGCCAGGAGCCACGACAGAAGACAUUGACUGUCUCGUACACGAGGAGAUCGUACGACGUGGUGCCUACCCGUCUCCUCUCAACUACGGUGGCUUUCCCAAGGCGUUGUGCUCCUCUGUAAACGAGAUCGUGGUCCACGGCAUUCCGGACAGCAGGCCGCUAAUAGACGGAGACAUCGUCAAUAUCGACAUCUCCGUCUUCCUGGACGGAUUCCAUGGAGACACCUCGCAGACUUAUCUUGUGGGAACCGUAGACGAUGUCGGGAAGCACCUGGUGGAUGUCACCAACGCAGCACUUCUAGGCUCCAUUGAGCAUUGCUGCAAGCCACUCAACCGCUUCGCUACCAUCGGAGACUUUGUGGAGACACUGGCAACCAAGGAGGGGCUGGGUGUCGUGCGUGAAUACACUGGACAUGGCAUCGGCAAGGAGUUCCACUGCCUGCCUUUCAUUCUACAUCACCGCAACAACGAGCCGGGCAAGAUGCUGCCGGGCAUGGCAUUCACAGUGGAGCCGGCACUGACGGAGGGCAGCCCAAAGAUUGUUCACUGGGAUGAUGGCUGGACAGUAGCUACGGCAGAUGGUGGACGAUCAGCGCAGGCGGAGCACACGGUGUUGAUCACCGAAGAAGGCGUUGAUAUCCUGACGUAG